AUGCUGCUACGUUCGUUGAUACUGGGACUGGUUGCUUCGUCGGUGAGACUGGCUGUGUCAUCUCCGGUUCCACCUCAAGGUCCCGGUUCGAUCCAAUUUCUCACACCCGAGCUGAGCUCAGGUCCUAUCCAAAAAAGAUACUACGACUAUGGCAACUCGGAGCCUGUGCGUGGUGUGAAUAUCGGUGGAUGGUUGUUGCUUGAGCCAUUCAUCACGCCAAGUCUUUUCGAGUCGUUCAGAACAAACCCCAAUAACGAUGAUGGUAUUCCGGUAGAUGAGUACCAUUUCACGCAAACGUUGGGUCAGGAAGUCGCGUCCAGUCGGUUGGAAGCCCAUUGGAGCAGUUUCUACACGGAACAAGACUUUCAGGACAUCGCUGAGUUGGGCUUCAAUCUGGUCAGAAUUCCAAUAGGUUACUGGGCAUUCCAGACUCUAGAUAACGACCCAUACGUCCGUGGCAAUCAGGAACAGUACCUGGAUAAGGCUAUUGAGUGGUCCGCUAAAUACGGUUUGAAGGUUUGGGUUGACUUACAUGGGGCUGCAGGGUCUCAAAACGGCUUCGACAACUCUGGUUUGAGGGACGCUUGGUAUUUCUUAGAGGAUUCAAACUUAAAGGUUACUUACAGCGUUCUACAGUAUAUGUUGGAAAAAUAUUCUCGUGACGAGUAUUUAGAUACAGUUACUGGUAUCGAACUGAUAAAUGAGCCUUUAGGACCUGUGUUGGACAUGGAUAAGUUGAAAAAUGACUUCUUACUACCAGCAUACAAUUAUUUGAGGAACACUUUGCAAAGAAAUCAAAUUGUUAUUCUUCAUGAUGCCUUCCAACAAGGACACUAUUGGGAUGAUUUCUUAACCUCAACAGAUAACUUUUGGGGUGUCUUACUUGAUCACCAUCAUUACAGAAUUUUCGAAAAUGGUGAAUUACAAAGUUCUAUUGAUCAACAUGUUCAAGCUGCCUGUAAUUGGGGAUUUGACACGAUAACUGAAGCUCACUGGACAGUUUGUGGUGAAUUUUCUGCUGCUUUAACAGAUUGUGCUAAAUGGCUAAAUGGUGUUGGCUACGGUGCUCGUUAUGAUGGUACUUUCUUCAAGGAACAAGAAACUUCAUCUUUCAUUGGAUCCUGUCAAAGUAUUGACGAUAUAAAUUCUUGGUCUGACGAAAAGAAGGAAAACACAAGGAAAUUUGUGGAAGCUCAGUUAGAUGCUUUUGAAAUGAGAAAUGGUUGGAUUAUUUGGACUUAUAAAACAGAGUCUUCAAUCGAAUGGGAUGUUCAAAGAUUGGUUUACAAUGGUCUUUUCCCACAACCAAUAACGGACAGAAAAUAUCCUGGUCAAUGUCAAAAAUGA